ACGUUCUCCUUCUCCCUCCCCUAAAAAUAAGAGUCCCACCUCACUCCCAAUCCCACACAUAUUGUUUGUGUGCGCCUCCUCUUUCUCUCUCCGCCCUUUCAACCACCACCCACCACCUGCCAAACCACCACCUUUUCCCUCCCCUUGAACAGAGCAUUACCCGGAAAACAAGGUGAAAAUUAACAACUCUUUUGAAAGCAAAGAGGGAGGAAGGUGGUAGAUUGCAUGAUCGACCAUCAACAACUUCUUCUUUCUCUCUCUUUCUACCCUUUGCCACCUUCCAUCUUUUUUUUCCCUUCCUAAUUCGCUUAAUUGUUCUUCGCCACCAAUCUCAAAUUCUCAACCCUUUCCGCAGGUUGAUUUGGUUCGAAUAUUACACUAAUACAAGUAGCUUUUACAUACAUAUCCAAGUAAUCUAGGAAGGAGGGUGAUGAAAAGAAAAGGCACAGCAAAAGGAUUUUGUGACAAGUCUUAUAAAUUUGACUGUCUUCUUCUGUUAUUACUUAUUGGUCCAUAAUAUUACCUUGAAUUUGACAUCUAAGGUAAAACAUGGUGAGUUUACGAAGGCGAAAGCUUUUGGGGUUUUCUACUGGUGUACAACAGAAUCCUGGCAGUGUACAUCCUGUUCUUUUAGAUGAUCUGAAUUUUCCUGCUGAGGAUUGUAGUUGGCAACAUUCUGACCAGGUGAGUGGUCCAUCGGAAGAAGAAAUUUGCCCGGUAAAAGUCACUGAUUCGAGCCCUUCGAAAGAUAAAGAUGAGCAUAACCAACCAAGUGUUUGUGGUUCAACUUCAUCAAAAGAUAUGGAUAGUCCGCCCAUCAAAGAGCUAGAGGUGAAGCGCAGAAAGCAACACCGGAGAAGGGGAGUAAAUAGUGAAGAGAAUUCUGUGAUGAGAGGUGUUUACUACAAGAAUAUGAAAUGGCAAGCAGCGAUAAAGGUUGACAAAAAACAAAUUCAUCUAGGGACUGUCAGCUCACAACAGGAAGCUGCACAUUUAUAUGACAGAGCUGCAUUUAUGUGUGGGAGAGAGCCUAAUUUCGAGCUUGAAGAGGAGGUGAAGCAACAACUUAAGAAGCUAAAAUGGGACGAAUUUUUGUCAAUGACACGCUCUGCUAUAACUAACAAAAGAACAAGAAGAGGGCACAGCACAAGGAAAGUGGCGCCUUCGUUACAUAAUUCUGAUGGUGAAGGUGAACAAGGAACAGAGGGUUCCUAGGCUUGAGGCUUCUGACAAUGUAGAUUUAGGUACAUCCAGAUUCGGGGAAGAGAAUUCGCCGAUGACCAUAUAUUCUCUCGGUUCAUCAGCUUGUGAAGGUCCUCUGUUAUGGCGGAUAGAACUUACAUCCGCUGCCAAGCAUAGCUAGAAUUUACUAGUAUUAUACGGUUAUUGACUUUUACCAGCAUUAUUGGUGAUUCAAUUGAAAUGUAUUUAGAUCACUUCAUAGA